CCGCUCGACGCAUGACGCCAUUGCGGAUAGCGGCGCAAUUUACGUAGGCAUUGACGAGCACCGCACCACCGAAGCGAGAGCUCCCCGCGGUGCGCGCACGAAGGAGUACGCAGCCGCACGGACCUUUGAUUGUGAGGGGCAGCCACUGCACACAGGCAGCAGCGAUGCCGUCGUCCAUCGACGACCCCUCGGCGGGCUUGUUGGGAGACGAGGAGGCGCCCGGUGACUGCCACAGCGCCGUACGAGGUAUUGGUGUGGUCACGUUGGCCUUCGGCGGCCUCGUCAUCACCAACGUUUGUGUGCUACUCUUCAAGGAGCUGAGCCAGAUUGAUGGCGAGUACCUGUACAAUCCCGCAUCCGCAUUAUGCAUGGCGGAAAUCGGGAAGUUCCUCGUGUCGUGCUGCGUUAGAAUAGGAACAAAGGCUCAUUACGAACCAUUUCUGCCGAAGACCGUACCCGUGGAGUUGAGCUGGGCCGCUACUGGUUUGGCUUUGUUAUAUGCCGUUUAUAAUCAAUUAACAUUCGUCGUCCUCACGAAGGCGUCCGCGUCAACGGUAGCUCUGUUCAAAGCCACGACGCCCACCCUCGUAGCUUUGUUGUUAUGGUUACUACACGGUGAAAGAAUAAAUAAGCUCCAGUGGGCCGCUACCGUCCUCCAGAUGGCCGGGUUGGUCCUCGUGGCGGAAGGUGCUGCAAGUGAAGGUAUUCUGGAGGGCGAAACCGAAUGGUGGGGCGCCGUCGAAUUUUUACUGGUCUUGAUGGCUGUGUUAGGCGCUCUAGCAGCCGUCUGGAACUCGAAAGCGUUGAAAGGCAUCGACACGCCGAUGCCGAUUCUCAAUAUGUAUCUCUAUUCGAGUGGAGCGUGCUUCAACUACAUGAUUUUUGCGCUGAAAUUGGCCUAUUCGGACCAAGAUUCUUUCUUCGGCGGGUAUGCGACGAAUGUGUUUGCAUGUUUGGUCGUGGUCAGUAACUCAUUAAUCGGACUGUCGACGUCGGUGCUGUAUAAAUAUGGAGACGCGAUCAUUUCAAAGUAUGCGGCGGCGUGCUCUGCUGCCGUGUUACUAGUGCUCGAGAUUGUCGUGUGGAGGUUACCUACAUCUUCUACGAAUAUAAUAGGUGCAUUUAUCGUGGUGACGGCCGCGGCAGUAUACCUGGAUAUCGCCGUCAAACUCCCGCCGCAAGCGUGGCCCUUCGACUUCCCCGGCGCGCAUGCGAUCGCGCGGUGCGCCGCUACUGAAGAAGGUAGGACGAAACUCCUCCGGUCGCGGUCGUCGGCCGAGGUCCUGCAAGUCGUCGAGGAGGCGGAGUCGAAGUUACUGCGACCGUCGUUGUCGAGACGGCACGGCGUCGAGUCGGGCCGCGUGGCGUUUUCGAGGGGCGCCGUCGACGCGAUCGCCUUGGUCGCCGUCGGGUGCGGCAUGGCGGCGCUCGCGUGUGUCAUAAGCGGGCACCGGACGCUGCUGGGGUACUAAGGGAGUUGUUGUGUUUUCUCG